AUGCGGAAGUGUCUCUGCUGUGCAGCUCGGCGCAAGUGGGGGCAGCGGACGUGGUCGCCGACGGCGUCAAGCGGUGGCGCAGCCCCGGCAAACGGCCUCAGCGCGCAGGAGGCCCUGCAGAUAGUUUACCGCCCCAUGCCGCUCCCGCAGACAGUUGAGUACGAGGAGGACUUCGGCCACAACUUGAUGAUUCACCGUGAGUUUGUUUCGAAGCGGCACCGUGACCAGCUGAGCUUCGAGGUGGGGGCGCUGUCGUACAGCGAGGUGGAGCUGCGCCGCGGGCGACAACACCUCGCGGGCGUGAUGAAUCGUGAGCGGCGUGGGGUCGCGAUUGGCGCCGCCGGGGCGCCCAGCGACCAGGUGCACAUGCAGACAGACGUCGACCCAGACACGCGGGAGGUCCUCACUGCACGCUACUUAUUUAAUGAGAGGCGGAUGCAGUUCUGCGACCGAUUUCAGAGCUUCAUGCAGAGCCGUUUGGAGGGGACGGCGGCGCGGGCCUCGGAGGGUGGUGUGAAGGGCGGCGAGGACAAGCAGUACCUCUUUUCUUUGAUGGAGGCAUGCGCGGUGAUUUACGGCUGCGAAACCACGGCCGCCCGUGAGGCGUACUUCCGGAUGUUUCUCGCUCUCGACAUGGACUCCCUUGAGGCGGAGGCGGAGGCGCUGCGUCAGCGCAUUGCGGAGGGAAAACUCGUGCGGCAGGCGUUGGCGGAGCGCGAGCGGGAGCGGGAGGGCGACGGCGUCGUGCCGGUGCCGGGCGGGAGGUCCUCCGCCGCCCUCGACGACGACGACGACAGCGCCUUCAUUGCCUCCAUUCCUGAGCUUUCGCUCUUCGAGGACCCGCCGCCGGGGUCGAGCGGCGGGGCUGCCGCGGGGGACGAGGAGGCUUUUGCCGACCUCCGCGUGGACGAGGCGGGAGGGCGCGAGCCCGCAACGCCCUCCGCCGUGGAGCUGCCCGAGGAGUUCGAGGAGUAUGCGCCGCUCUACAAGGCCUACCUUGCCCACGCCAGGGGCGAGAGCGGCGUCGCCUCCUACGAUGUCUCGUCGCUGGGCUCAACAGGCAUCACGGCGGAGCGGCGGCGCUGGCGGGCACUGAUGGACAAGAUUGUGCGGGAGGAGUACCACGCGAUGACGGACACGGAGCAAAUGGAUGCGCUGGUGCUUAACGAGCAGCUGCACACCGUGAAAUUCUUUGACCUUAAGGUGGGUGACACUGUGCGGGAGAUCCUUCAGCUCCUGCAGCGCGAAACGGGGCACGGCUCGUCGGCGCAUCGGGACACGCCUCUUGACGUCUCUCCGCAGCACCCAGAGCGGCGAAACUGA